CACACAUCUGAAGAACACAAGGACAUUGAGAGCAUCAGCGGCACAGCUCUUUUUCACACAUCCUUCUAAAGUCUAGAUCAGUAGUUUUGUUUUUGCACGUGAGCUCAAGAUCAACUUGCUUAGCAAUAGGAAGCAGGAGAAUUUGAAUUUGAUCUUGCAAUUUAUCUUUUGGGAUAAAACCUGCAGUAGGUUGCGCAGCGGUGAAACAGAAGCACAAGGAUUCUCACUGUUGAUGUGAAGCUGUCCAGGUGAAGGACUUGGCUCGCGCCAUCCUCCCUUUACAGGACGCCGAAGGACCUGCAGGGUUUGUUCACUGCUGACUGCUGCAGUUGGACAGACAAUAACUCAGUGUGCCACAGAGACUGAAAUCAUCUCAAAAUGGACCAUCAGGACCACAUGAAUUCUGGACAGGUGGGUGACUCUCAGCACUCUCCUGGGAACAACAUAGCAUCUGGUGUAGCCAACAUGACCAUCAGUGGCGGCCAUCAACGAGACAUGAAGAAUGGGACAGCAGGACAUAUGGGACCGGGUGAUGGGCCAGUGAAAGAGGAUACACAUGAACCAACGCCUGAGGUGAACACCCAAAAGCCUGUCUUAGAAGACACCGAACCCGAGCCCUCCUUUGAUAAAGAUGUGCCAUUGGCAGGAGCUGGAGAAGAAGAGUUAACAUCUGGAAGUCCGCCCGAGAGUGGCCGGAGCAGUGCUGCAUCAGUGGAUGGGGAGAGAAAGCGAGAGAAUGGGGAGAAGGAGAGCUCUGUCAGCCCAAGAGAGUCUCCAGUGUCUCCACAUGCACUACCAACAACUCUACCUGAUGAUUUUGGUUCAGGGAUCACAGGCUUUGACAGCCAGGUGAAGAGCAGUCCCUCAGAAAAGAUGACUGACCAUCAUAGUGCCAGUGGAUCUGAGGAGGAAAACGAAGAAAAUGAAAUAGAAAAAUCUGAGAGAUCUGGUUCUUCCAGUGUGGAGGAAGAAGUUCCCAGAAGUGCUAUCAAAAUAAAAGAGGAUGAAAAAGAAGACAAGGAAGCAGUUAGUGAUGAAGAAGAGGAAGAAACUGGAAUUUCCUUGGUGCCCAGCUCUGUUACCACAAACUUAACAAUCCAGAAAGAUGACAGCGAUGAUGACGAACAAGAAACCCCUUCUCAUCUUCCCAUGACUCCAGAAGAAGCUAAGAAACGUGGCCUAUCGUUCGACUACACAGAACCUCAGGACCCAGGUCGCCAGGGUGGUCCUGUGGGCUGGGAAUGCAGCUCUGACAAAACACCACCAGAAAGCAAGAGUCCUGACUCCUGCAGGGCUGAUCCGGGAUCACCUCUUUCUCUCAGUGCUGCUGCCGAACCCACCCAAGAGGAAUCAUCUCUAACAGACUUACAAACGGAUGCUCGGGAGGAAGAGGAAGAAGAAGUAGAGGUACCAAAACCUGAACAAGAAGACGAGGUGACCACUGUUCCUCCGUCCUUUCAAGAAGUUGCUGCACCCAAGAUGCAGCCUAAAGCAGAGGAACGUGGAGAACCUGAAGAAGAAAACGAGAUCAAGCAGGAAAAAUAUUUGGAGACGAGCGAUGAUGAUCACAUUGAUAUGAAGAAAGUCCAGCCUGUUGCUAUACCUGAGCCUGCUGCCAUUCCCGAACCUGUUGGCAAAAUUGAACCUGAAGCUAAGGAUGCCGUUAAGCCCAGCGCCCAAGUAAUGCCUACAAAAGCACCAAGCAAAGCAGCUCCUAUCAAGGAAUCUCCUGCCAAAAAAACUAAGAAACCCGUUGCUACAGUUGCUGCCACUCCUUCCCCUAAAUCUGCUCCUAAACUUCAGAAAACUCCCUCUAAAGAUGCUGCUCCGGCCAGAAAAGCAAGUGUCCCAUCCAAAGCCAAGGCUGGAGCAGGGGCAACUCCUGAAAAAAAGACACCCACCACAAACCUGCAUGCAAAAGCUAGACCCACUUCUGCCCCCCAAAGAGGGUCUUCAGUCUCAGGCAUCCCCAGCAAAAAGCCCUCAGUCUCAUCCUCAACUCCAUCAUGUCGCUUUAGCAGUCCAAGCUCUGCCAACUCAGUAAAAAGGCCCAACAGUGCAGGAGCAAGAGAGUCCAGGGCCUCGGCUGGAGAUGCCAAGACAAGGACAGCGGGUGCCAAACCCCAAGGAGUUGGCACCAAAAUCCCUGCUGCUUCACGGAUGGAGCAGCGAAAGGCAGGACCAGGGUCCAUUGAAAGAGCUGACUCACCUAAAACCCCAGACCGUAGUGGUUGCAGCAGCCCAGCCAGUCGGUCCUCCACCCCUGGACAGCAGGUGAAGAAAGUAGCGGUGGUGCGCACCCCUCCCAAAUCACCUGGUUCAUUGAGAUCUCGUGCCCCGAUCGCUCCUGUUGCACCCAUGCCUGACCUGAAGAACGUCAAGUCCAAGAUCGGCUCCAUUGAGAACAUCAAACACCAACCUGGAGGCGGGAAGGUGGCUAUUGUUCAUAAGAAGAUCGACUUUUCUAAUGUUCAGUCUAGAUGUGGAUCCAAAGACAAUAUCAAGCAUGUUCCUGGAGGUGGUAAUGUUCAGAUAGUGCACAAAAAGAUCGACCUUAGCAACGUCCAAUCAAAGUGUGGCUCCAAGGUCAACAUUCAUCACAAACCGGGAGGUGGAAAUGUGGAGAUCAAAACUGAGAAGUUGGAUUUCAAAGGCCAGUCAAAGGUUGGAUCUCUGGAGAACAUUGGACAUGUUCCUGGGGGUGGACAGAGGAAGAUUGAGAGCCACAAGCUAAAUUUCCGAGAGCAAGCCAAAGCGCGCACCGACCACGGAGCUGAGAUCGUGUACCAGUCCCCCGACAUUUCCACGGACGGAUCGCCCCGCCGCCUCAGCAACGUGUCUUCCUCCGGCAGCAUCAACAUGACCGACUCCCCGCAACUGUCCACGCUAGCUGAUCAGGUGUCUGCCUCCCUCGCUAAACAAGGCCUGUGAGCUGCAGGCACUAACGGGUCGGCAAUUGACAAAUUGAGAAAAAAAAAAAAAAAGAAAAAAAGUAAAAAAACGUAUCUCCUUCAGUCCUUUCAAAAGAGGUGCUUGUCGGAUUUCUCCUAACUCAAGGUUGUCCCAGCGGCUUGUCUGCUUGUGAAAUAAUUUUUGCCUCCUGGCAAGGAGAGACAGGUAUUGAUGUUAUUGGCUUAGUAUCAACAAAAGAAAAGAAAAAAAAAAAUUUAAAAGGAGCUGGUGGUGUAUUGAUCCAAAUGGUCAUUUACAGCACUGAGUAGCCUGAUUUUGUUCAUUUAAUACCCUGUUUUUUUUUAAAAAAAAAACAACAACGACAUUUGCUUUCAAAGCCGUAUUUGCUUCGCUGCCUUAUUGUGAAUGUUUUUAUUUAGCAUAACUUAUGCACUCCUGUUUUGACACGCUACGUGGUUUGGAAGAGUGCAGUUGUUGAUAGCGAAUUGGAGAGGACGCAAACGUUUCAAACGCUAGGUAAAAGGCCUGCUAUAUAAUUAUUUGAAUCAAAUGCAUCAGCGAGCACUACAGAGCACGCUUUGGCGAUCAGUAAAAGCUUUUAAAUUCAUGAAACACCUCAAGCGCGUGUUCAACCCAAAUUAAAACAGACUUUGAGAAAUGUUUUUUUGUUUUUUUCCAGAGCGGUCUAGAAUGCUGUAAUUGUAAUAUCAUUACCUGUGAAAUCUUUUAAACUCAUUCAUCACCGCAGCAAGUUCUCCAGGCUCAUCUGUCCUCGUGAACGCACAGGAAGUUGCAUCGCCGAAUGAAAUCUCGCUUGGCCUCUAGCGACUUCUGACAGAGAAGAAAGCAAAUGUCAAUACUGAAAUAAACUGCUGCCCAGGGCUCAACGAUAAGAAACGUUAUGCCUAAAAAUACAUCCGUUCUAUUAAACCACAUUUUAAUUACGUUAUUCAUGGCAAAUAAUUAGAAAUGCAACUCCGUGAAAGCAAUUCAAUUUUACAUACAGCUUUUGUUGGGAAAUAUUUUAUUUUUUAGCUAUUUUAAGACGAUCUUUUUACAAUUGCUUAGUGGAAACGCUCAAAAACUGCACGAAAGAUGUUUUUUUACACAGCUAAGUGACGCUAAAACCCUCACGCAAUGUCUUUUAAUUAAUGACGAGCUUCAUUCUCACUGCUUCCAAUACAUCGCUUCGAAGUUUCCAUUGUCAAAACAAAAAUGAGCGCUGCGUUUAAAAAGGUUUACGAGACCAAACAUAAGCACCUUCCGCAGGCCCCCGGACCUUAUGGUUGAGCUCUGAAGCAGUUUGCCCUACACAAGCGCCAUCAAAACUGAUCUCACUCUACAAUCUCUCACCGUCUCCUUCAGCUUAUAUCUCUGUGGUAACGAUGCUUCUGUAUCGAUGGGAUUUCAGCUUCUGUGUCUAAAAUGCUGUUUUAAAGAAUGCGCGUAUGGACGGACCAAUGCAAAAGACAUGACAGCAUUUCAAAGCACUCAAUAAAGUAACUCUAACAUCACAUUGGGAAUCUCAUAUUGAGAACAGACAACAGAAAAGUGCCUCCCGGUGUCCAUCUGCUGCAUUCAAGAAAUCUGUGUUGUAAAGUUUCUCUUUGGUCCAAGAUGGAUCCGGUCGCGUACAGCAUCACAGAGCCGAUUCAUUUGGCGCGAAAGCACAUUUAACACAUAGCCAGGCUCCCCUCAGUACUAAAGUCUUCAAUACAGCCGUCAAACCAAACCACAACGCUCACACGCUGCACAUUCCCAGCAUGCAAUGCACUUCACCCCAUGGUCUUGAAUAUAGUAACCACAGUCACCGCACCCCUAGAAAACUACCUUUACUAGAGCGUUUAACUCCCCUUAAAACGUGAAAAGACAGAACGAAAAAAAAAUGGAGGAAGAUUGAAGGAACAAAGCUACCUGCUAAAAUCCAGGUUUAUGUUGCACUCUUUUUUUCUAAUAGUAUUGUGCGGACGAUGUAAAAGAUGUACGAAUGCGUUCAGAAGAUCUGAUUUGGAUCUGACACUAAGCUUUUUAUUUGAUAUCCGCAGUGCAUUGCAGCUUUACGGUCAUUUGAAAGCGAAUGCACUGAUUUGACAGAAGAGCUGCCUCUACACAAACUGCAUUUACCCAUCUGGAUGUAUACCUUGCAUUUAGAAAUGGGGGGGAAAAUAUAUAUAUAUAUAACAAUAGGUCAAAUAGAGGGAUAGUUCAGUACACUUCCAGAAUCCACAAUUUCGGUAAAGGACUUAACUAGUGCCACACACAUCUCUGUGAGAAGCUUUAGAGGAUUGCUGGAAACCCAACACUGUGGCCCGUCCUUUGAACAGCAUGCUGCUAACAUAAACCUGGGGUUAAGCUGAAGAACAGACUUAAAAGAUAAAACGUUUAAAAAUGGCACUGGAUAAGGCCUUUUAAGUAACUCUACCCUUUAGCUGUGUUUCAACCGGUUCCGAGGUCUCUCUCUCUCUCUCUCUCGCUCUCCUCCGUUUCAUUUCCCGCCUCUGCUCUGCUCUUCUCAUCGCAGUUUCUUCAUUCUAGCUUGACAGUUGUGAUUGUCUUUAUCGUAAUGUGUUUUAUUAAUUGGUUUACACUGAUACUCCUUGCUGUAAACGUGAAUUUGGAAAUAAAGUCCGUAUUAAACUGC